AUGAUCCGAAGAAAUGCCCGUGAAAGGCGCGAUUUUAUCUAUCGCAAGCAACUUGAGCUUCAGGACGCCCAGAUCGCUGAAAAACGCUCUGCCUUGAAAGCUGCUCUUGCCAGUGGAAAGCCGCUCUCGAAAGAAAUCGCCAAUGACGCCAAACUGCGCAAAGACUUCAAGUACGACGAAUCCCACACCCCCAACCCUGACGACGACGAAGCCGAAAAGCUCGACGACGAAUACGCCACACUUUCGGGCAUCGUAGACCCCAAAAUCCUCAUCACCACCUCGCGCGACCCCUCCAGCCGUCUUCUCCAAUUCAGCAAGGAGAUUCGCCUCCUUCUUCCCAACUCAAUUCGCCUCAAUCGUGGUAACACCAUUCUACCUCUGCUCUGCACCUCGUGCCACUCUACGAGCACUAGUGACCUCAUCCUCCUCCAUGAGCACCGUGGUACUCCUACGUCACUCACAAUCUCGCAUUUCCCGCAUGGGCCAACGGCGCUGUUUUCGCUCCACAAUGUGGUGCUGCGCCAUGACAUUCCCGGGAGUAGUCGUGGGACGGUCAGUGAGAGCUAUCCUCACUUGAUCUUUGAGGGUUUCUCUACGCCGUUGGGUAAGAGGGUCGUGCAGAUCUUGAAGCACUUAUUCCCUCCCAGAGAGGCGGGGCGCAUGAAGGAAGGGAGCAGAGUUGUUACAUUUGCCCUCACUGAGGGUGAUUAUAUCAGUUUGAGGCAUCACGUGUACGUCAAGACUGGAUACAAUUCUGUGGAGCUCGCGGAGGUCGGACCAAGAAUGGAGAUGAAGCUGUUUGAGCUCAGGCUGGGAACAGUAGAUAACAAGGAUGCGGACUACGAGUGGAGAUUGGCGAACUACACGCGGACGGCGAGGAAGAGGGAUUUGUUGUAA